GGUGAUCGUUGUCGUUCUCUCUUGUGCAGUCUUUAUGUCUCGUGGUGGGCGUGGGUUUUUUGCUCUCGCUGGUUGAUGAUUUUCCACCCUGGGCAGCGUAGGCGGUGGACGUUUUUUUCUGCCUAACUUUCCCUUCUACCUACCACCGCAAACAGACAGGCAGGUAAACAAAGCAAUGCUCCGUCGCCAGCCAACCACCAUCAAAUUGACGCCCGAAGACGUCCUCAGCUACGACGAUGAGAAGCUGACGGUGUCGAGCACCAGUGGCCGGGCUGGAGCCAAUCAGAAUGUGUCGUGUGAGCCUCAGGAAGCGGACCCGAAGAGUAAACAGGAACGCAUUGGGCUUGUUGCUAGAAGAAGCUGAGGGUUGUCUACUG